AUGACGGAAGAAUUCGUAGCAUACUUUCUUUUUUGGCUUAUACAUCUUAACGAUUCAAAAGCCAGUCGCUACAAUGUAUGCGAUGAAAUGUACGAAAUACUACUAGAUUUAUCCACAUGUUCUAGUCAACGAAAAAGCCAGAUAAAAUUAAACAACUGCUAUGGAAUCCAACCCGACAAUAACAGUCGAUCUUUAUCCGAGCAACCAGCGAACGCCCCUUCUCCUCCAUGUCACUUCCGCUUCACACCUUCUAAUUUAGACUUGUUUGCUUCUGCCGGUGGUGACACUCAAGUGGAUCGAUAUCCAUUCGACCAAUCUGGUGUUGCGGGUGAGUGCGGAGGCUCGCCGAAGAUUUGUGUUUUAAAGCUGAUGAAAUCAGUGGUGCAAUGCCCAAUCUGCGGGACUUCGAUAUACAAGAAUUGCGUUGGGGCCGUGAUAUCGAAAAAAGAUAGUCAACAGAUAGUGCUUGACAUACUGUGCGCAGUCCAGCACGAAGGAGUAAAAGUGAUGUUCUACACCAAAGAGAUAACCACUUAUAACAUACUCAGGUCAACAAAUCCGACGUUGGAUCCGACCAUCCGACGAAAUCCGAUAGGAUUCCUGGCGACGGAAUCGCAUCGGAUUCCGACUGGAAAAAUCCAGUCAUUUGUUGCAAAUUUUAUGAGCGUUAUUUUUAGCUAG